GCAGUGAAAUAUUAUUCUACCUUAAAACAAAAAUUCAGAGUUUCUUUUUUGGGUUCUGUGACUUUUGUCCAUAAUAAACUCCAGAAGUAACAUUCUUAGAAUCUAGUGUAUCGUUAUUCUUCCUCUCUCUUAAACUCUAGAGAGAGAGUGUGCGUGUGCGUGUGGUGGAUUGAUGAUGAAUGGUUGUUGAAUGAUUGAUGUCUAGCCCUCUUUCUUUGACUUUGGAUUCAUUUCUGUUACCAUCCCAUUUCUAUUUUCUUUCCUUUCCAUCUGUGAGUUUUUUUUUUUUUUUUUUUCCUUUUGUGGUUCUUCCAUUCAAUUCAAGACUUGUUCUUCGUUAUUACCAGUUGCCAAAUUCUAACAACUGAAAAAUCUUUACCUUACACUGCCACUUCUGGAGUAUGAAUGAAAGAUGGCAUCAAAGUUGUGUCUUUUUCACAUUCUUUUCGUUUGAUGAUGCAAGUACUUUGAGUGGACUGGAUUUGUGGUGGUAGUUCUUUUGUUUUUGUUUGUGGGGUGUUUUUGAUUGCCCAAACAAAUUUUGGUUUUCUGGUUUGUGUGUUGAUUUGUCAAUUCAGAUUUGUAUUUUGUGUGAUUAUGGGUUGUGCAAAUUCCAAGCCAAAGGGGUGUCAACAUUGUCAUUGCAACUGCGAUACCCCUUAUUAUUCCUCUGUGCCUAGAAGCUUCUCAGUGCAUGUGCAUCACCCACCUCAAAGCAAAGGAGACAGUUACCAUGUUGUGGCACUCACAUCAACCACAUUAGGUUCUCUUGAUCAUGGCAAUGGUUUGAGGUUUUCCAAUGGGAAGGGCAAGGGCAAAGUCAUUGACAGUGACAGUUUCAAUGACGAGGAGGGGGAAGAAAAGGAAAAGGAAAAGGAAAAGGAGGAGAAUGAGGCAAAGACAUCCUGGACUGAUAUGAUUGAGCAAAUUCUGCCAAAAGUUGUUCUCAAGACUCCAACCUCAACACCACCUCAUGAGCCAGAGACAAUCAACACAUGGGAACUGAUGGAAGGCCUUGAGGACACAACAAGCCCUUUCAGAUCACCAAAGCACUUCAAGAGCUUCUCUUUUGAUGUCAAUGUCAAUGGCCAUGUUGAUCCACCCAAGCCUUGUGGUUUCAUUGAGAGUGGAAAAUACAAUGAUGAUUCAGCCAAACCAAUGUGGUCUCAGAUGAGUGAGAAGGGAUCAAAUGAUUUUGAUUUUGAUGACUCUCAAGAGAACAAAGAGGUCGUUGAUACAAAGGGGUUGUCUAUUGAGGAAGAGAAGGUGAGUAAUGAUGUUGUUAUGGAUUUGAAGGGUGGGAAGGAAAAGGUGGUGUUAUAUUUCACUAGCCUGCGUGGGGUGAGGAAGACUUAUGAGGAUUGUUGCCAUGUGAGGCUAAUUCUGAAGGGGUUGGGAGUGAGGCUGGAUGAGAGGGAUGUGUCAAUGCAUUCAGGGUUCAAGGAGGAGCUCAAGGAGCUAUUGGGGCAUGGAUAUGGUAAGGGAGGGUUGCCAAGGGUGUUUGUUGGGAGGAACUACAUUGGUGGAGCUGAGGACAUUCAACAACUUCAUGAGGAUGGGCAACUAGGGAAAUUGCUUGAUUGUUGUGAGAAGAUUGAUGACACUACUGAUGGAGUUGAUGAUGGGGGAGUGUGUGAGGCAUGUGGGGAUAUAAGGUUUGUGCCUUGUGAAACUUGUUUUGGAAGUUGUAAAAUCUACUAUGAAGGGGAUAAUGAUGAUGAUCAAGAAGAACAAGAAGAUGGGGAGGUAGGUGAGUUUGGAUUCCAACGUUGCCCUGAUUGCAAUGAAAAUGGACUAAUCCGCUGCCCCAUGUGCUGCUACUAGUUACAUGUAUCCUCCAUGGGAAACAAUCCUGAUUAGGCCGGAUAUGACUGUUACAUAACAUGUAUCCUCUAUGAGAGAUAAUCCUGAUCAGGCUGGAUAUGACUGCUAUGAGUGACAAUGAUGACAUUUAGUUUAACACAGGUAAUUGAACCAAUUUUUGGAGUUGUGUCUUCUGGUAUUUGUUUAUAGUGAGUUUUUGUUGUACAGUGAGUUUUGGUGUGGUUGAUCAUAUUAGAGAAAAAAGGAAGGAGAUACAACAUUGAAUAACAUUUUCAUGUUCUAAUCA